CCAUCUCGCCAGUGUGCUAAUACAGAAUAAAGCGUUGGUCAAUAUUCCGGUCAUCGUUCGAAGACACAUGAAAACUCUCACAUGGAGGUCGCCGGUGUUGUCAUUGGUGCUCUUGCACUCGUUGGCGUCUUCGAGGAUUGCGUGACGCUCUUCUCACAAUUCGGCGCGGCGAAAACCUUCGAGACGGAUUACGUAUUGCUCGCAACAAGGCUCGAUCUCCAAAAGGCGUUGCUGCUACAAUGGGCGGAACGGAUGAGAAUCUACGAUGAAGAGCUCUGUGACCCACGACUGGACGAUCCCAACAUUGGAUCUGUCAUCUACAAAACUCUUGACUGUAUUCGCAAGCUUCUGCAAGACGGCAGUGCUCUACAAGACCUCUACGGCGUUAGGUUAGCGCGUAUGGAAGAAAGAACUGAAUCCUCAGGGGCUGCCAGUAGUGGACUAAUGUCGCGUCUACGCCAUAACCCUCUGGCUCUCCGGCUUCGGCGUGCUGUUGUGGGCGUUCCGAUUGAUCAGAGCAGAAGUUUACAUGAAUCUUCAGGCGGCCAUUGUAGUGCCAAGCGUCCUCGACCUGACAUUGGACCAUCUCCACCCCAUCAGGAAGCAAUGGAGCAACAACGCACAGAAAACAGCGCCGGUAAUAAGCGACUUCGACGCGGCUCCCUUACUUCUGAGUCUCAUGGUUUCGAUCAGCUGCCAAUCGACAACCGCAAAGGCAGACCUUUUAACCUCAACAAAAUUAAAUGGAUCAUCAGAGACAAACAGAAUUUCCAAAGCCUCGUUCGAAAAGUGUCGGAAAUGAUAUCGGAUAUCGAAAGAUUAGUGCCUCCUCAAGAAGAUGCAUAUUCCAAACAUACCAUCUUGGAGCACGAUCUUCAGGCGUUGGAAAGCAUAGCAGAGCUUAAAAGGAUCAUGCAUGCUUCCGCGGCUGAUAAUAGCGAGUUUACCAGCGUUGCCGAACGGGUUCUCUACACUCGACUGAUCCUGAAACGUCUCUGGUUCCGCUUGAUCGACGAUAGAAAACACAAUAUCGCUGAUGCUCACUCUAAAACAUACGAGUGGUCUCUCAAUCCCCCCACUUCUAGGGUCGUUUGGGAUGACUUGGGUCAGUGGCUACGAUCCGGACGUGACAUCUACUGGAUACAUGGCAAGCCGGGUAGCGGAAAAUCCACACUAAUGAAGUUCCUUUAUCAACACCCCAAGGUCAUGUCUCUUUUGCGAGAAUGGGCAGGAAACAGAAAACUGACCGUGGCCUCAUUCUUUUUGUGGAAUAUAGGGACUACUGAACAAAGCUCACAGGAAGGACUUGCUCGAGGAUUGUUGUACCAUGUCCUUUCGGAGAAUCAGAAACUGACCCCUGUGAUACUCCCUAACAUGUGGCAGGAAGCGCAGAAAGGUAUUGAAGACUUGAGCCUUCCAUCUAAAAGUGAGAUAAAGCUGGCUUUCCAGCAACUCGGUCUCAGAGCAACUACUGGAGCCUUUACUUUCUUCAUCGACGGCCUCGACGAGUUUACUGGCAAUCACCGCGACGGUAGAUUAUUCAUCCAAAGCCUUGUUGCUGGCACCAAUAUCAAGUUACUGGUAUCAAGCAGACCCAUCGAUACAUUCGUCGCAGCCUUCUCCUCGGCCCCUAAGCUCCGGCUCCAGGAUCUCACAAAGCCUGAUAUCGAACUUUACGUCACCGAUCUUUUGCAAUCACAUCCCUAUGUGACCGUGGACAAGUGUUUGAGCGUCGAAACCGUCCAAAGGCUGGCAGAAGACAUACAAAGCAAAGCUAGUGGCGUAUUUCUAUGGGUCGUGCUUGCAUGCCGCUCGCUGAUAGAAGGCUUUGAGGCAUAUGACAACGCGGAAGAGCUCCAGUGGCGCGUCGAAGACUUGCCACCAGAACUGGAAGAUCUUUUCCGCCACAUACUCAGCAGCCUUCCUUCUCAAUCCCUUCAACAAGCUGCUAAGCUCUUGCGAAUAUGUUAUACGAGACACCUCCUGCAGUAUCAGGACGAGAUAAUGGCCUUUCCGCUAGCUUGGGCUCACGAACAAGAUAUGAAGGUGCACGCCUUCGGGAGAUUUCUUCCGUUGUCACGUAGUGCACAGAGCGCAAAAUGCGCAAUGCUAGAGGGUCGUUUGCGAAGCCGGUGUAGGGGACUCUUGGAGAUGAACCUUCACCAUCCCUCUAAAAGUCGCAUGGUGGUGGACUUCAUGCAUCGUACGGUAUUCGAGUUUCUUGGCACCCCAGGUGUCUGGGAAAUGGACUGCUUACAGAUCGACGACUAUGAGUUCGACGCCACCAUCAUAUUGGCAUAUAUGACUUGCUACAAUUUAUUUCUUUAUCCUAAUCUAGAGUCUGAUGGCGCAGGGUUUGCCAUCAGCGUUGGAGCUUACGUGGAAAAGAUUCGCAAAAGUUCGCCUUCAAACCUCCGAGGAUUACUCAACCGAUUCGCCUUUGCGAUUCUGAAGCCAGGUGACGACGAAGACGCAUCUUCCACGACUGAUGUUGAUUCCUCAAUGGAUCAUGACACUUUCUUGUUGGCUAUCGAACUCAACCUAACCGAGCACAUACAAGGUUACGACUUGGGCGAGCUGCGUGGCCAUGGUUCGACUCUGGGACGCAGUCUCUUGUGUUACGCUUUCGAAAAACCUCUAAUAUCCGCAACAUCAAUGCAGUCACAUGCUCGAUCGGAACAAGAUAUGGUUGAUUACCUAAUUCGUUCUGGGUGCGAUCCAAACGAAAUGACUCGUUCAUGGACAGGGAGUAGGACAACUCCGUGGGAAACAUGGUUGAAUGACUGGCUUCGGGUCGGUCGUGGCGAAAACGACGUCAUAAAUCUUGCUGGGGUAACGAUGACCAUGAUCCGCGCUGGUGCAAAGAUAUCGGGCCAUGGACAGGAUUUAAGAUAUCUAUCCGACGCAUGGUUACAACGUUCAAGAAGUCUGGUAGAUGUGCAAGAACAAGAGUGGCUUCGAGAAAUUUCCAGCGAGGUUAGACAAGCACUGGGAGUUGAUCAUGAUGAUACAAGUUCGGUAGUGACUGACUACGAGGACGAUUCGAGCGAAGCAGAGACUGAUAAGAAAAACGAACUGGACGGACAAGCAACUGAUGAUGAGGGUGACUCGUACCAAGCGGCAGACACAAAUUCGGAAGAUCUUAGUGAUGACUAGCAGGAAAUUGUAGAUUAAACGAAGCUUGGUGUAUCCUGGGUGUAGCUUGUUCUCCCGCACUCUAGCUGUGAUUGACUUCAUUUGUUCAUCAAAAGGCUUACGGGUGAGAUUGAAAGGGCGAUUGCGACAAUUUAAGACCACAAAUCUGACUGAGAAGGAGGCUGGUAGUCAGUUGUCGUUGACAAGUAAAGGGCUCAACGUCAGCUACGAUUCCAUGGUGCAUCUCUUGAUUGUACAUGCCACAGAAACCAUGAGCCAUGUACACCUUCCACGACGCAUAUUAUGCUCGUGAAUAGCUUCUAUCAACAUCAAUGAUCAAUCACGACGCCCA